AUGGUGCGCCAUUUACGUUCUUGUCCGUUAAAAACUACGGAUUCAGAUUUAUCUUGUCAGCAAGCCAAAAUAAAUCAAUAUUACAAGUCAACAACAAAUGAAUUAACAGUAGUACCAAAACCUAUCAAAGAUGCUGUUACAACAACUAUUACUGAAUUUGUAGCACAAGAUGGACAAGCUUUUCAGCUGGUGAACAUUUUUGGUUUUAUUAAUCUUGCUGAACAAUUGUUUAAUAGUGGUAAACUCAUAUCAUCAUCACCUAAUAUACAUAUUGCAAAUAUUUUAACUGAUCCUACUACUGUGAUAGCUUCUAUUCUUGAUAAUAAACUUUUGGCAAUUUAUUUACGAAUAGGUAAAGAUUUAUUGACUGGUUUAUGCGAAUUUUUAUUGCUGUUUGAUACUGUUCUUGAUAGAUUAAGUGAUAAUGAACGACCGAUACUUCAUCGUGUAUUACUAUUUAAACAGUUUUUAAUUAACAAGUGUGAAAUUAAUGAUGAUGAAAAAGAAGAUUCAAAACAUUUGAAUAAAAGAUUAGUCGAAACAUGGGAAUUGUCAAAUGAACAUUUGAUUGCUACAUUGGUUUAUCCAAACUUGAAAUAUUUUCAUAUGUGCCCACAUGAAAGAACAUACAAUUCUUUUGUUAAAAGAAGAAAUGUUUUAAUAAGAGAUACUUCAACAGCAACACAAACGUCGUCAUGUUCAUCAUUAUUAUCCACUACUAGAUUAUCUUCAACAAAAAACUUAUUGGUACAAAUUUACGAUAAAUCAAGUACAAAUAAAGAAAAAUCAGUUAUUGAACAAGAAAUAGAAGAUUAUCUUAAAUCUAAAUCAUCAUUAUACGAUGAAAAAAAUGAUGAAUAUUCUUGCGUAUUGGAAGGAAUAUUCCAAGUCUAA